GUAGAGGUCAACUAUGUCUUGACAAGAAAAUCAAGGCUAAAUUGGGACAAUCCGUAACGACAAUUCCGUUACACGAUUUCACACACUGACGAAUGACUACUCCAAAAAUUGCAAGCUCCCAUGAAUGAAAAGAAGUACAGGAGAAUUGAACAACUGCGAGGAGAACCUCAUUGGGGCGCUCAGUCCUCUUAAAAUCUUCGCGCUAUCCACUGAUAUCGGGUUUAUGUUUGCUGCUGCCUGAAAGGAUCAGAUCUUUUGAUUUCAUUUAUAAUUCUAGGUAUACAUUUGAUAGACAGCAUAUAGCAUUCUCAUGGCUGAUCCAGAAGAAACCAAUGCAUUGUUUCCGAUUUUCAUUUUGUCUAUGAUCGCCUUGCCUUUGGUUCCUUAUACGAUACUGAAGUUAUUCCGUGCUGCCUCAAAGAAAACGAAGAGAAUCCACUGUGGAUGUUCUGACUGCACUCGAUCAGGGAAAUAUCGCAAGUCAAUUUUUAAUCGGAUUGCAAAUGUCACAACAUGUGGUAACUUUACACUGGUGCUGCUAUGGGUCAUCAUGGGGUUUCUUGUUUAUUACAUUAAGAACAUGAGUCGUGAGAUUCAAGUCUUUGAGCCAUUCAAUAUUCUUGGAUUAGAGCCUGGAGCAUCAGAUUCUGCAAUUAAGAAGGCAUACAGGAGACUCUCCAUCCAGUACCAUCCUGAUAAGAAUCCUGAUCCAGCUGCUCACAAGUACUUUGUGGAGUUCAUAGCCAAAGCUUACCAAGCUCUGACAGAUCCAAUUUCCAGGGAGAAUUUUGAAAAAUAUGGCCAUCCUGAUGGUAGGCAGGGAUUUCAAAUGGGAAUUGCUCUUCCUCAAUUUCUUCUUAAUAUUGAUGGUGCAUCUAGUGGGAUAUUAUUAAUGUGGAUAGUUGGAGUUUGCAUACUAUUGCCACUGGUGGUGGCUGUUGUAUAUUUGUCAAGAUCUUCAAAAUAUACUGGAAAUUAUGUCAAGAAUGACACGCUAGCUGCCUAUUUUCACUUGAUGAAACCUUCCUUGGCCCCUAGCAAAGUCAUGGAGGUCUUUGUUAGGGCUGCUGAAUUCUUGGAGAUUCCAGUUCGAAGAUCCGACGAUGAACCCCUCCAUAAACUCUUUAUGACAGUUAGAAGCGAGUUGAAUUUAGACCUUAAAAAUAUAAGAAAGGAACAAGCAAAGUUUUGGAAGCAGCAUCCGGCACUUGUUAAGACGGAACUUUUAAUUCAAGCACACUUGACUCGCGAAACUACGGAUUUGCCCCCAGAUUUGGGACGUGAUUGCAAGCGUGUGCUAGAGUUUGCGCCUCGUCUUCUGGAAGAGCUAAUAAAGAUGGCAAUCAUUCCACGCACUUCUAAGGGGCAUGGCUGGCUUAGGCCUGCAGUUGGGGUUGUUGAACUUUCCCAAUGUAUUGUUCAGGCUGUUCCUCUUAGUGCUAGGAAGGCCGAGGGGAUUGCUCCUUUCUUACAGCUUCCACAUUUUAAUGAUGACAUAAUCAAAAAAAUAUCUAGAAAGAAGGUUCGCACGUUUCAGGAGUUCCAGGAUAUGUCCAUUCAAGAGCGUGCUGAGCUUCUUUCUCAAGUAGCCGAGUUGUCUCCGCCUGAAGUACAAGACGUCGAGAAGGUAAUGGAACUAAUACCUUCUCUAGCAGUGGACGUUACUUGUGAAACAGAAGGAGAGGAAGGCAUACAAGAAGGCGAUGUUGUCACAGUUCAAGCCUGGGUAACCCUAAAGCGUCCAAAUGGUCUGACUGGCGCCCUUCCCCAUGCUCCCCGUUAUCCGUUCCACAAGGAAGAAAAUUUCUGGUUUCUGCUUGCAGACUCCAAUUCAAAUACUGUGUGGUUCUCUCAUAAGAUCAGUUUUAUGGAUGAAGUUGCUGCUGUAAGUGCAGCUUCAACGGCAAUUGGGGACAGGAUGGAGGUUCUUGGAGCCAGCCCAAAGGAAACAACGGCUGCUAUUAAAGAAGCAGUCGAGAAAGUGAAGAGGGGAUCAAGACUUGCAAUGGGCAAAUUCUUGGCUAUGGCAGAAGGUAACUACAACUUGACUAGCUAUUUGCUCUGUGACUCGUGGAUUGGCUGCGACCAAAAAUCGACUUUAAAGCUGAAAGUUCUGAAACGGACACGUGCGGGGACACGAGGUGGUCAGGCGAACGAUGUUCCAGACGAUGGCAUUGAGGAGGAAGAGGAAGUCGAAGAAGAGGAUGAAGAGGAUAUUGAGAGUGAGUAUAGUGAGGACGAAGACGAUAAACCAAAUGUGAAGAAGAAAGGCGUUGCCAACGGCAAAGUUGGUGGAAAGGGCAGGCAGGCUAGUUCAAGUUCAGGUUCAGAUGAGGAGUGAAAUUAACUGUUACAGUAUCAGCAUUUGCUAGUUUCUUUUCUUAGCUACAAAAGGGAACCUUAUUUAAACAUCGAUGUCGCACAUGCAGAAUUUCGACAGUUUUGUUUAAUUUUUUACAAAGACUAGGAAGAGAGUUUCUGUAUUCGUUCUGUUUUCUCUCAGACGCUAGGUGAUGUUCCUGCAAGAAAUUUUUGUUUUGAAGAUGAUCA